UGGCGUGUCUACCCCAACUUAACGUGCAAGUUAUACAUUAAAUGGUAGUAGAAGUAUACCCUAAUCAGUUCACAGUUCCUGAUCUUCAUCACCCGAAAAGUGCACUUAUUCCAACGAAAACUUCAUUUCAUCCGGUAAAAGUGAAAGAACUCGAUAUUUCGUGUGUGAAAAUUGGUCUUGCGGAGCUCGAAGAAGACGUCUAACCCCUGGUAUACCUCACUACGCGGCAGAGCGCAUGCGCAGUGGCCUGUUAACGCAGGUUCCGGUUAUCGUGCGAUUUUCACAAAACAGUUUUGUACUAAAAAAAUUUUUUUCAGAAAGUUGUGGACAUGCCAGCAGUGGUUGAGAUUAUCACCAUCUUGGAGAGGACACCCAUCACAAAAGAGGCUCUGGAGACAACACGUCUUGGAAAGUAUGUCAACGACCUGCGAAGAAAGACAACCAACGAGUUUCUGGCGAAACGAGCAAAAGAUUUGGUGCGUCGUUGGCGUGACAUGAUCCAGAAUCACGCUGGCUCGUCUGCGGCGGCAGCGAUGAGCCCCCAAACCAACGGAGCGAGCUUGGCCGGCCGAGCGCUCAGCCCAGGGCUGGUUCCCCGAGGUAGUCCCAUCUCCAGCAGCGGGCGGGGCACUCGCAGUGCCGCCGUCUCCCCCGCCACGUCCAGCGAGAAGAGCACCAGCCCCGGCCUGCAGUCGAGCCAGCUGUCUUCCGCCAGCGCCCGCUUGUCCAAGACUGUUCGCAGGGUGCCGCCCGAGUCCCACGCGCCAGCGCACGCCCGUGCCGGCCUCGCGCCGGUCUGCGACCCCGUGCCCAAGACGCACGCCGAGAACAAGCGGCUGCGGAAAGAGAGCCCCACGUCCGACGGGGCUCCGCCGAGGAAGAUGCCCAGACCUAACGGUCAGUUGAACGUUCUGGACAAGAAAGGACUUGUAAAUACUCAACUCGACUUUCUUGGUGAGUGCAGUAGGGACAGUUUUGGAGUGGACAGCGACCCGGGCUCCAACAGUUGCGAGAUCAUCGCAACCUUUGAUAAAGUGCCUGAAGUCAGUGUGGAGCAAACACUUCCUAAGAAGAGAGGCCGCAAGAAGGGCUCCACGAAAGCUUCUGCGGCCUCUCGGAACACACCUUCCGUAUCUGUGCCAUCGGUGGGGGAUGACGACGUCAAGGAAAAGAUUGCGUCCGUAGCACGGACUCCGAAAGUGAAAACUACUCAGGAGCUCCUGGCUGGAUUACGAGCUAAAACGUGCUCGGUUCCUGUCGCUGAAGGAGCAGUUCCUUUGUCGGACAGUAAAACUAGUCUAACGAACUGUAUGUUUUCUGAUCAAAGUAUUAGUAGGUACGAUGAUGUGUCUCGUAACAAAACAGAACACAUUGCCAAAUUUUUACAGUCACAAUCUGAGGUGGAAACUAUAGACGAUGAAUCCUCUUCGGUUGAAAUUUUGCCUUGUGAAACAGUUGACGUGGGUUGUAACAGUAAGGUUAGUGCAAUUGUGGAGGAUGAUGAUAAAGAUGUUUCCUUAGGCAGUAAAAAAACUACCUCUUCCAGACCGUUUGCACAAUCUAGUAGCAGCCUUCCCGAUAAAGAGUCCAGUGCUGUGAUUCGCGAGGAACAAGAAACCUUGGAAGAGAUCAUGGCAAGGCUUCCACCGCUCAAUGUCGACGAGAUAGACUGGGACGAUUCGGAAUUGGACGAGGGUAGGGUAGAUGAUGUGAACAGAAUCGUCACGGACGACCAAGUAGAUAGGUUACAUUCGGAACAUCUCGAGGGUGUAAAUGGAACCAUUCACAACGGUGUGUUGCGAGAAGACGAUGACGAUCGAUUUCGCGAGUGGCAUGAAAUGGUGUCUAAAGUUUCCUAUAGAGGAGAUCUUUUACAUAUACUGCCUUAUGUUGUCAUCGAUUGACGGAUGUGCGACGAAAGAGCUGCAGAGGUGCCGCUGUUUGGUAAUUCUUCCCCAAGUUUUUUAUACUUUUUUGUGUAAGUAAAAGGGUUUACAUUAUAGCUAAUCUAAGAUCACUAAGGUGUUCUGUUCUGCCACAAUUAAAUGAGUUCCGUUGUUUUGUUUCGGUCAUCCAUGAACUGGUGCCUACGAGCGCUGUUGGUAAAGUCACUACGCAGUGUGCCUUUUGCUAUUCCUAUUACUUAACCCGAGAGUCAAUGCCAGCCCAAACAUGUAUUUUAUUGUCUGUUCCCAGUUCACUACCUGUUAGUGGAUGUUACCAGCGGCCGUGAAUGUCAGUACCCGACUUAACUUUACAAGUACCAUUUUAUACACGUGAAAUGAUCUUUUUGCAACGGAGUAAUUGAACAUGAAAUGUAAAAUAAAGUAUGGCUUCUGAAAGUAUUUAUACCAAAGCUUUGUUAAUUGUUUGUAAUUAUCGGAAAGUUGUGUUUGAUAUUUGUAAAGAAAUGAGAUUUCAUUUAUCAUGAUUUUGUAAAGUGUAAUCGUCAUUUAACAUGGUUUGUAAUUUGUUCUGUGUUAAAUUUGGGCCAUUAUUAUAUAUAUAUAUAUUUUUUUGGCAAUCAUUUCCAGUAUGCGGUACUGUCGUGACUUGGGGUCAAGUAUUACCACCACCAGAAACAUAGCAUCAUGGCUGUACAUUUGUGAGUUGACAGAUUUGCAAGUGUUUCUUUAUCAUGCUAAUAAUUUAUGAUUGUGCUUUAAGUUUCUUUUGUUUUUUACUCAACAGAUAUGUCAAAUAAAUGGCACAAGAAGUAUUUAA